GUGAGCUGGAACGAGAAAGAGUUUCCUAACAGCAGACUGCCGAGACCAUCCCAGGUCGGUCGUCCGUCGAGACGCUAGGACAGCGAGGGACGCAGAGGCGCAGCGGGACAGAAACGGCACCGGAGGAAACAAUGCAGUAAAAGGCCGAAGGAGCACAAGAAAAUCCACCAGCUCGAGAACAGCUCUGGGAGGAAUGUGUGUGUGAGUGAGUGUGUGUGAGUAUCUAGGAGGACCCGAUCUCCAAGCGCGGUGAAAUCAAGCUUCGAGCUCCAGCAUGACCUCUGACCCCAGUGCCACCGGCACCCCCCACCACCCCUGUCUGCAGUGCUGGCUGUGGGUGGUGCUCCUGGGGCUGCUGCUGCUGGGCUGUGAGGGACAGGCCUGUGUGGAGCCCUGCGAGGACAACAGCACACUGAGCACAGAGCAUCAGGACCUGCUGUCUUCUGACAUCACCAUGGUGAAUCCCCGUGUCUCCUGGCUGCUCUUCAGACUAAACUCCAACAAGGGAGACAACAGACGGAGUAAACCUCAGAAAAAACCUCCUAAGCAUGGGUUACCGGGGCCCCCCGGCCCCCCAGGGCCCCAAGGCCCCCAAGGGCCUCCGGCUCCGAAGCUUGACCAACAGGAGGAGCUGCUGCAGGAGCUACGCCUCAAACUGAGAGAGGUGGCCCUUGGCACAGGGCUGCUGGAUGCUGAGGGCCCCCACUGUGUGCUCUGUGGACCGCCGCCCCGCAUCUCCACAGCUUUCCACUGCCGCCUGCUGCACAGUGUGCUGGUGCCCCGGCGCAGCCUGGUAGAGCUGCACCCUUUCAGCCCUCCCUCGGAUACUGAGAACCUCUUCCAAAGGGGACGAGGAUUCAACUCGAGCAGCGGCCGCUACUCAGCUCCUAUAUCGGGAUUCUACCACCUCACAGCGAGCCUAACCAUUGAGCCCAGCGAGACACAGCGCCGCAUUGCACCCAGACAGAGGGACCGUGUGAAGGCAUCUAUCUGCAUUGAGUCUCUGUGUCACAGCAACUGGUGCCUGGAGGCAGUUGGAGGACCUGGUCCAGCUGGGGGGGUUUACAGCAUCCUGCUGGCAGGAACCCUCUACCUGCAGGCAGGUGAAUACAUCUCCAUCUUUGUGGAUAAUGGAACUGGUUCUGCGCUCACUGUCCAGAAGGGGACGCUGUUCUCCGGGAUUCUGCUGGGAGUCUGAAAUAAUCUCCUUUUACUUCAUUAAAAUACACACACACACACACACACACACACACACACACACACACACACACACGGACAAUGUGAGGACAAAGCCAGCCUUCUCAGUGCUGUGUGAGGAUGAAGGUCCUUCCCAGGAUGGAGACACCAGACUGUGGUCACUGGUCACCCAGGCCUCCAGGAGCCUGCCUCUGUGCUUCUGUACUGUAUAUUCGUUGUGGCGAAAAAAAUCCCUUUAUUUGUUUGUAUGCAAACAAGCCAUUAAAAGUGAACUCACAU